AUGCUGCAGGUCAGCAUCAUUCCGCAAGUCGCUACCGGAGCUCUCUUGACGUACAGUCCGGAUGCCGACAACGAGAGCAAUGUGUUUGACUCAGAUAUACAAUCACUGGUGUCUGGUGCGGUCACCGGGUUUGCAGCGGCCAUCCAGGCCUCAGCGAUACUCUUGUUCACUUGGCGCAUUAUGAAGACAGUCGAGCAGGACGGCGACGAGUUGGCCAAGCCACGGCCAGAGCACGAAGCCGUCGCAAAGUUGACUGCGAAGGCGACCAGAGGCAGCCGCUUGCCAGCCAGCAGGGCUUUUGCCGGAGCAAUGGAUGUGGAGUGUAGAGAAUACAACGCUGCAUUCAAGCGGGUCUCGCAGUGGCAGGUCAUGACAUGCACGCAGCUGUCGAUGCUGUUGCUUGCGGUCGCCUCGAUCGUCUCUUCUGGCUUUGUCAUCGCGGCAGACUUCAUGAUUGCA